UGCAGGAGCGGAUCCUCCUAUGGCUAUUAUCAAGGAGCACCCUGGUAUUCUAAUAGAGGAGGAGGAGGAGGAGAAAAGGCGUCCACACAAGCUAAACAGUAAUGCAAACAUUAUAAGUGACCUAUUAGAGAUUGUAGAGAAGUGYGUGCAUUGGAAAAAUGUGCCACCAGCUUUAAAGGAGUGUAGAAGACAAGUGUUGGAACAGAUCUUACGUUCUCGGGCAACUUCUACUACAAAGAGAUACCUCGCUGAAAUAAAGAAGUUCUUUGAAUGGUGCAGAACCAAUAGGAUUCAAACAAGACUACCUUACGAAAGUUCUAUAACAGCAAUCUACAUAGGACAUGUGGCAAAACGAGUUAAAUGUAGUCAAUCAGUUGUAUUAACUUUUUCAGCACUGAAAUGGUUACAUAGUUUCAUACCAGGUACCAAUCCCCUAGACAGCGAAUUGUGUAGAAAUAUUGUGGAAGCAGCUAAAAGGGAUAAAGGAAAACCUAUAUCCAAAAAGAAUCCAGUUACCAACGAUAUGAUUAAGAAAAUCAUAGACAAACACGCCAACGAAAAUUGUAGUCUUAAAGAUUUACGAAUAGCUACUAUGUGCACCUUAGCUUUCGCGGGUUUCCUGAGAUAUGAUGAAUUCUCUAACGUUCUUGGUAAACAUUUAAAAUUCUGUGAUAGCCAUAUGUCUAUAUUUAUCCCUAAGUCUAACACCACCAACAGUACUAUAUCUGAAAGACUGUUAAAGUUACAUGGAAGGUGGAAAACCGAUAUUGCCAAGGAUAUGUAUGUUCACGAAGAUAUUAAGAGAAGAUUACAAGUAACUAAUAGUUUGGGCCUAUGAUUAUUAUGGCCAUUAUUCAUAUAAUUUGAUAAUUAAUACUUCAUUGAUUAGAUUAAUUUACUCAGUUUUAUUAUGCGUCUAUUUAUUGUGACAUAACCAAUGUAAAGAAUUAUUCAGUAAACUCAUGCUACUCUGCUAGAGUAUCCAUCCUA